AUGAUGUCCCGAAGCCAGUCAAGUCUGGGAGGAUACCUGGACGUCCACGAAUCCUCCGCACCAGGUGUAUCCCCGUCCUUCAAUCAGAACCCCGCCUCCGGGCCCAUAAACCUCUCUGGAUUGGUAUGCAAUGUGCGGCGAACCACCGGCAAGGAGCCGCAUCCCCUUGUGGGGGCAACCACAACCAUCUUGGGCGACAAAUUAUACGUCUUCGGAGGCAGAGUGCUCUCGCGCACCCGUCCCAAGUUGACUUCAGAUAUAUACGAACUUGAUCUGAUUCAGGAGACAUUGGACCAAGGUCGAGACAUCCCGCCGCCGCGCUACUUCCACAGCGUGUGUGCCCUCGGCGAUAAUAAGUUGGUAGCGUAUGGUGGUAUGUCGCCAGCACCGGGCACGCCCAAGGAGCCAAACACACCAGGGUCAGAACCACAAGCGGAGGUGGUGGUCAUGUCGGACAUCCACAUAUUUGACGUCCCAUCGCGUACUUGGACUCGGGUUGCGGCGCAUGAGUCCCCACAGGGUCGGUAUGCCCAUUGUGCCACGGUUAUCCCAUCCAGCGCUACUUUCACAGUCUGCGACGCCUCACCAGGGACGCUUGGUGUGGACAUCGACGGGUUUGGCGGGGCGGAGAUGGUGGUUGUGGGUGGCCAGGACAGCUCAAACCAUUAUAUUGAGCAGAUCAGUGUGUUCAACCUGCGGAGUCUGAAGUGGACUAAUACAAGCCCUCUGGGACGGAGCUGCGGUGCAUACCGUAGCGUUGUUGCGCCGCUGGUUGGCAUGGAUGUGUCGGAAAUAGGAUGUGCUGCGCCUGACGCUGACACGCAGGAACCGAUUGAGCCAGCAGAACAACCGGGAUGCCCCAUGCUGAUUUACUCCAACUACAACUUCUUGAACGUCAAGCUGGAAUUGCAGGUCCGUCUACCGGAUGGGCGUCUUGUUGAACGCCCAAUGCAGAGUCAGGCGUCCCCACCUGGACUCCGCUUCCCGAACGGAGGCAUCAUCAAUGGUCAUUUCGUUGUGAGCGGGACUUAUCUAACCUCGUCAAAACAAGAAUAUGCACUUUGGGCUCUCGAUCUCAAGACAUUGACCUGGGGACGCAUUGAUGCCGGCGGGUCGGUCUUUGGUCACGGAAGCUGGAACCGAGGCAUUCUCUGGCCCCGUCGAAACUCCUUCGUUAUUCUUGGACACCGUAAACGGAGCCUUGUCGACGAUUAUAACCAUCGCCGAAUCAAUUUCUCCCAUAUUUGCCUGGUCGAGCUCGAAGCCUUUGGCCUGUACAACAAUCCCACUCGCACUGCCUCGACAUCGGGAUAUAAGUCAUACAGCGCCCCAUCAGUACCGGCAUCAUUACAAGCGAAACUUUCCCAGCUUACAACAGGUGGACGGCCGAUGUCCGCCACAUCUGACGAACUUGGAAAGCUUGCUCUUUCCCUCCAUGAGAUCUCCGACAUGGAACUGCAAGCCAUGGGCGGAGAGCGUCUUCCUGUGAACUCUCGCAUCCUUGCCCGUCGGUGGGGGCCCUAUUUUAUCCAGCUGCUCCGCGAGUCAUCAGAAAGCGGUGUUGCAGAUGGGGCCACUCUGCGUCCAGCGCAAGGAUACCCUAGUCGAAACUCGACCGUCACCAUCACUCCCUCCAUCGGCCAGAACAGCAGUUAUUCAAACGCUACAACUCUAGUGAAUCCGUCUGCUCCUUCGAAGGCCCUCCUCGACAACUUGGAGGCUCCGUCUGCCCAUGGUCUCGCACCAACUUCUCGUCCGCGCGUAUUAUACCUUCCGCACACCAUUCUUACUCUCCAGGUUCUUGUCCAAUACCUAUAUACAUCCGCUCUCCCUCCGCCCGGCUCUUCCCUCUGCACUCCACAGAUUCUCUGUUCCCUCCUACAACUUGCACGCCCGUACCAGAUCGAUGGACUGCUUGAAGCGACGGUGGAACGGCUACACCAAGUCCUCGAUGGGCGCAAUGCAGCGGCCGUGUUCAACGCCGCUGCGAUGGCAGCAGGUGGUGGCCGCGGCACUGGAUUUACAUCCGGCCUAGGAGGGACUCUUGAGGCCCUCAACAGCUCCCACGCAGGAAGCAGCAGCUCCGCGAUCGGUCUAUCAGAAGGAAGCCAGUCGAACCAGAGCCUGCUGCUGGCCUCGGACUCCUCCGACACCGAAAAUGGCGGCAUGGCUCCAUCAGCUGCUAGCAGCUCAAACGACCUGACAAACCCCUCUUGGCGAGGUCGUCAACACCGUGACGCCCGUCGCGAGAGAGAAGAUUCCAUCAGCAACGCCAGUACCGCCACAUCCGUUUCUAGCGCCAGCUACAGUCAAUCCGACUCGGAAUUCAUAAGUGAUACUGACAGUCGUUCGGCGUCGCGCAGUCACCACCGCCAUGACACAGAUACCAGACCCCAGCGCGAGAUCUGGACGGGCGACCUGAGCAGCGUAAUUGGGCUGCAAAAGCGUGGUCUGCGUGGUCUGAUGGAGGGCCGCCGGAUGCGCGAGCGUUCUGCAAAGCCUCCCAGCGGUGGCAGCGGAACGACUUCUAUUCCUGCGUCCUCGGGCUCAGAACCACACUUCAUUAUGCAGGGAGUUACUGGGUAG